AUGAAUUCCUCUGGCAACGAUAGCUGGCACCCUGCUGGUGGCCCUCCGCACCCGGGGAUGGAUCAGAUGAACCAACAACCUCGGCCGUUAGGGUCGUUCAGUCAGAACCCGCCGCCUCAACAGGGCCCGUCCUCGCAGUCCACCGGACCCGUCCUUCCACCCCCAGCUGGUCCUUAUCACCCUGCUGGUCAGAACCCCGGCCACUCCCUCCCCGGGCUAGCGGAAUUGAGCCAGACACACGGUGGUCCACAUCAACCUCCUGCGUACGCCCAGCACCCUUCGGCCCCCUCGCAUCCUGCAGGGCAUUCGUUGCCGGGUAUCGGCCAGUCAAUGCAACAUCCGUCGCCGCAGUCGCUCAAUCGAGACCGCGAGCGGGAUUCUAGGGAACGCGAGUUGAUCGAAAGACAACGGCAGCAAGAGGAGAUGGUUCACAGGGAGCGCGAACAGCGGGAGCGAGAACGUGAGCAACUCGAGCGCCAGCGUGAACAGGGACAUCACCCCGUGCAGAGUCAUACCGGGUCGAUCCCCUUGCAUCAGCCCGUGGCGUCGAAAGUGCCGAAUACCAUCCACGGACCCAAUGGUUUGUUAUCUCAUCUCGGGUCGAAUCCUCCCAACGGCCCGCAGGGCCCUAUGCAACCCUCUGGGGCCCCUGGUGGGAUCUAUGGUGCCCAGAUGCAGCACGGAGAAGGCACUGCCAGGACGUACAUGCAGCACCCUGCUGGUCCUCCCGGACAACCCAUGAUGUUCAAUGCUUCGGGGGCUCCGAUCCCUGGCAAUGUCGCGGCGCUUGCGCAGGGGCAGCAGCCGAUUCUGAAUGAUGCGCUCAGCUACCUAGACCAGGUCAAGGUUCGCUUCGUUGAUCAGCCGGACGUAUACAAUCGCUUUCUGGACAUCAUGAAGGACUUCAAGAGCCAGGCGAUUGACACACCGGGAGUAAUUCAACGCGUGUCCACUCUUUUCAAUGGCCACCCUGCCCUCAUCCAGGGAUUCAAUACUUUUCUGCCGCCAGGUUAUCGCAUCGAAUGUGGUACGGAGGACAAUCCGGAUGCGAUCAGAGUGACUACUCCUUCAGGCACGAAUACUCUUAACAUGCCCCGCCCACGCCCGUCGAUGGACUCCGGCGGCGAUAUGGGACCCGCUGGUGGGAUGGGCGCGCACGGCCGUCCUGACUACUACGACCAGGCGCGCCCGGGCUGGCAGCAGCAGCAGCAGCAGCAGCCGCUGCCGCCUCAGGGCCAGCCACAGCAAGGCAACUUGCCGGGCUCGUACUCUCCCGGAUCUCGCAUGAUGGGACCUGGCAUGUUCGGACAAGCCGCCCAGGGUCAACAUCAAGAACAUCACUUUGAUUAUCCCACCCAACAGGAACAGCAAGCGGCAGCAGGCGCCGCUGCCAUGGCCCAUCAGCAGGAUCAGCGUGGCGUUUCACAACUUCAGGGCGCGGCGGCGGCAACUGCAGCGCUUGGACGGUCCGGGAUGAUGCAGGUAUCCCCUGCUUCCGGACAAGCCGCCGCUUUGAAUCAACCUAUGAACAACCUUGCAGGCAUUGGAACGGGUAUGCUGCAAGGCUCACCGGCAGACUUGAAUAAGCGUGGACCAGUUGAGUUUAACCAUGCGAUCAGUUACGUGAACAAGAUCAAGAAUCGCUUUGCCAGUGCCCCCGAGAUCUACAAGCAAUUCCUCGAGAUUCUGCAGACCUAUCAGCGCGAAUCGAAACCGAUCCAGGACGUUUACGCCCAGGUCACUCAAUUGUUCAACACCGCGCCCGAUCUUCUGGAAGACUUUAAACAAUUCCUGCCCGAGUCUGCAGCACACGCCAAGCAACAGGCAGCCGCUCGCCAGGCGGAAGAAGCGAUCCCCAUCAGUAACGUGCGUGGUGAGGGUGGAUACCCUAGCACGGGUGCCGUCCCUUCACAGACAGCUAGCCGGGACAUGAAGAUGCCCCCCCUGGGUCAAUUUAAUGUCAAGGACUCUGCAAAGGAAGGGAAGAAGCGCCGGGGCGGCCCAGGUGCUCCCUCCACUAUGAGCUCUUUGAUUUCUGGACAGUCCGCCGGUGCUGAGGCUGCAAGAGUUGCUGAUGCCCAGCGUCCUGCAACCCUACAGACCGGUAAUGCUAAUAAGAGAGCCAAAGUACAUCAUACGAAGCCCAAUCAAGCUGAGGUUCCCGCUGUCUCACCGACUCUCGUGCCUGCUCUUCCUGAGCCCAUCCAGCCUACCCAGAUGAUGACACCCAGCCAGGAGGAGGUCGCUUUCUUCGACCGUGUCAAGAAGUACAUUGGCAACAAGUCGAUGUUCAACGAGUUCCUCAAGCUGUGCAAUCUCUACUCGACCGAUCUCAUCGACCGGAAUGUCCUUGUCAAGAGAGCUGCGCAGUACAUUGGCUCGAAUCCGGAACUCAUGGCGUGGUUCAAGCGCUUCAUGCACAUCGAAGAGCCCGAGGACAAAAUUAUCGAGACCAAACCGAAGCAGGAAUUGGGUGUUGUCAACUUGUCGCACUGUCGCUCCCUUGGACCUAGCUACCGUCUUCUGCCCAAGCGUGAACGGCAGAAGCCCUGCAGUGGUCGUGACCAAUUGUGCUACAGUGUUCUCAACGAUGAAUGGGCUUCUCAUCCCACAUGGGAGUCUGAAGACUCUGGGUUUGUCGCACAUCGCAAAAACCAGUUUGAAGAUGCUCUGCAUCGUAUCGAAGAGGACCGACACGACUACGAUCACCACAUUGAGGCCUGUACUCGCACGAUCCAGCUCAUUGAGCCCAUCGUCCAGCAAUUCCUUGUCAUGACCGACGCGGAAAGGGCAGCCUUCAAGCUCCCCCCGGGACUUGGUGGUCAGAGUGAAGCCAUCUAUCAGCGGGUGAUCAAGAAGGUUUAUGACCGACAGCGCGGGGCCAGAAUCAUUCGUGAGAUGUUCGACAGACCAUGCCACGUUCUUCCCAUCGUGCUCUUCCGCUUGAAGCAGAAAUGUGAAGAAUGGAAAGCUAGCCAGCGUGAGUGGGAUAAGGUUUGGCGCGAGCAAACGCAAAAGGCGUACUGGCGCAGUCUGGAUCACCAAGCGAUUGCCAGCAAGGCGAUUGACAAGAAACUGUUUGUCGCGAAGCAUAUCCAGAAUGAGAUCCAAAGCAAAUUCGAGGAUGCCCGAGGACUGCGGAAGAGCGGGUUCCCCGUUUCCAGAUAUCAGUUUGAGUUUACCUUUGAUGAUCCGGCUGUUCUUAUCGACGCCACUCAGCUGCUGCUGCUCUUCAUUGAUCGAAACUCGGCCGGAUUCGGAGCCGAUCCCUCCAAGGUGAUGGCGUUCAUCAAGGACUUUGUGCCGAUCUUCUUUGGCAUGGACCGUGACACGUUCCACAUCUACAUGAACGAAAUCUCGAGUGGAACACCGCCGGCCGAAGAUGGUGAAGACGAGAGCAUGAUGGCGGAGGACUUCUCCAACUGGCGCAGUAGGAAAGGUGUCAACGGCAAGAAAGUGGAUCUUCUUCGCGACGUUCUCGAGCGGCGCAGUGAGAGAGCCAAUCGGUCGGACAAAGAUCGCAGUACGCCCGCUAGUCGCGAUGGAACCCCAGAUGCUGUCCCAGUUCCGUCGCCUCCCGUCCCCGACUCUGCCGAGUCGUUUGAUGUGGCGGAGUUGAAGUGGAUGGAGCAUCCCGGACAAGGGAACUUCAAUCUCCAGCGGGAAUAUGCGCUCAACGAGUCCUAUGUCAAGAAGGUCCAUCAUCUGUACGCGAACUUGAACAUCUACUGCUUCUUCCGCACGUUCGAGAUCUUGUACUCGCGUCUGUUGCGGGUCAAACUGCAUGAGAACUAUGCUCAUGAGCAUGUGCGACGUGCGCUGAUCCCCAAGCCGGCGCGAGACCUUGGUCUCAUUGACAAACUCCCGACCGAGUUCUUCUACGACUGUGAUCCGAAGGCGAAUCUAUAUCAACAGAUUGUCCGGAUGUGCGAAGAGGUCAUCAAGGGCGACAUGGACGCGUCGCACUUGGAGGAGACGCUACGCCGAUACUACUUGCGCACCGGUUACCAGCUCUACAAUCUGGAGAAGAUGUUUGCCGGGAUUGCCAAGUUCGCGGGCUCGAUCUUCAACGGUGACUCCAAGGAUCGCAGCACCGAUAUCAUCAACCUCUUCUUCAAGGAGCGGGAUCGGGAAGAGACCACGCAUAACCAGGAGAUCCAGUACCGGAAGCAGGUCGAGAGGCUGGUCAAGGACGGCGAUAUCUAUCGCAUUACCUAUAAACCCGAGGGCAAGACGACCACCGUGCAGCUCCUCACACCCGAGGACGCGACACUGGAGAAUGAGGAGCUGAGCCAGGAAGCGCGCUGGUCGUACUACGUCUCUGCCUACACGAUGCGGGAUCCGACCGAGGGCGUCCCCUUUACUCAGAUGCGGAUGCCCUUCCUGAAGCGGAACUUGCCGCCCAAGCUUGAGCAGGAAGAGGAAUACAUCCGCUACUACCGGCCACUGGUGCAUCAGGACGGGCUGAUCAUCCGCAUCUGCGCCAACAGCUACCAUAUCCUGUACGAGCCCGGCAGCUGCGAUUGGUGGUGGCGGCCCAAGGCGCCGUCGGAGGAGGAGUCGGCGGAGGAGCUUGUCAAGGAGGAAGAAGCGGCUGUCAAGGAGCGUCGGCACGACCGGUUCAUGGAGAAGUUUGUGAACAACCCCAGCUGGAUGCACGGGCUGAGCAAGGACCAAGUCGACGAGUCCAACCAGCGGUACCGGUCGUGGAUCAAGGGCCCUGGGCGUGAAGGCGAGAAAAGCCCGGCCGCAGCAACGGUUGCUUCGGCGGAAGAGGCCGGCGCUGGGAAGACCGAACAGGACGAUGCCGAGAUGCCGGACGCGGAACCCACUGCAGCCGCAUCGACGACAGAGACUAAGGAGCAAUGA